GCAUCAGAACUGGAUUGGAACCAAUUCAAAAAUACUAUCUUUCACACUAUAUCAAAUUUAAAAAUAGAGCCCGUUUUAGUAUGAUACAUGCUUUUUGGAAGGUAUUUUUGGCUUGAAUGCUUAAUUAGGAAAAAGGGUCUUUUUGGUAUUGUUCUGAUGAUUUGGGGCAUGCAUUUUUAGCUCCUUCUACUACGAGGAAGUUGCCUAAGGAGUAUGUGGAGUUGGUGAAAUGUGUUCAUGAGGAUGGUGGUUAUGGCUCUAGGGAUAUGGGUACAAAUGGAAAAGAGAGGAGGUAAACAAGAACUUGCUGCGAACGCAUACAACUGUUGUUUUCGCCAGAAUGCUUUAUGCACUGGCAAAGGUCUGAUUUGCGAUUGAGGGCUCACUCUUGGUGACUUGAUUGGUGUUCUGCAUAACUUCUUCUCACAACUAGGCAUGUCUAAUCUGUGUUUCAAACCUACGUACAAUCCAUAUACGGAACCUAGCAUGGAGGUAUUCAGUUAUCAUGAAGGCCUGGGGAAAUGGGUUGAAAUUGGGAAUUCUAGUGUGUUCAGAUCUGAAAUGUUGCGUCCUAUGGGAUUACUAGAAGAUGUUAGCGUUAUUGCAUGGGGCUUGCUCUUGAAAGGUUCCAGAGUCCCAACUGGGCGUGUUGUUCUAGAGUUGCCUAUUGGAAUGUUGGAUGAUGACCAAGGUGAUUUUGUUGGCACGGUAGUUUGUGAGAUUUGUAAAGGGAAGAAAACUUGGCCAUGGGACAGGAUUUGACAUUGAAGAUGAUGAUCUUCUUGAGAUGGAGCAGUGCAAUGGAGUGGUUGUUGGAUCAACUAUUUUUGAUACUGAAUUUGUAAACUAUUUCUUCAAUUGUUAUGUUUAAGAUGGGAAAAUGCUUAUUAAAUAAUUAAAUGAAUU